UCCUCCGCGUCCUGGCACGCACCGCGCUGCCCCGCGGGGCGGGGCCGGGCAGAGCGGGCGGGGCCGCCCCGGAACCUCGUUCCCUCCGCGGGGCCCGGAAGGGCGGGCGGCCGGAAGGAAGGCGGGCAGGGAGGAAGCCGCGGCUGCGGCGCGGCGGCAACAUGGUGAACACCAGGCGGGGGGCGGCGCGGCGCCGGCAGCAGGGGGCCCGGGCAGGCGGCGGCAGCAGCCCCGGCGGUCCCGAUGGCGAUCCCGAUGGCGGUGCGGCGGAGGUGGGGUCUGCUGAAAUUAGUACUCCUGUGACUAGGAGGAUGACUAGAAGAACUAAAUCAGUUCGUAAGCCAGAGGUGAUUCAGGAAUCUCAGUUUGAAGAGUUGGAACAUGCAGAAAUUAAAUCAGAUGUCAGUGACAGCUCAGAGAUGCAGAUCACUGGGAAUGAGAGCACAGCUGUUCAGUCAGCACAAUCAGUUGCUGAACCACAAGUUGAUGGUGAUGUGUCAGAAGCAGAAUCAAACUGCUCUUCUAUGUCUGGUCUCCAGACACCUUUACUAGUAAGAAUAACACGAAGGCGACAAAUUGUAAUUCCUUAUCAACCAGAGUCUGCUGACAAAAAAAAAGACAAUACAGCUUUUGUAAAUAAGUUAAGUAGGAUUCUGGAUGAAGAUGAUGUCUCUGAAGCCGAGUCUUGUUGCUCUGCUGUUUCUGGUGUCCAGAUGCCUAAUGUUCCCACAAGUACAAGGAGCAGACAAAGUAAAAAGAAAUUGCAGGCACAGAGAGUUUGUGAAGCCCAGAGUGAAGAUACUUCUGAUGCAGUAUCAUGUUAUCUAAGUUCUCAUGUGGAACCAUCUGUCACUACCAAACGUAUUACUAGGAGCAUGCAAAUUAAGUCACAUGCAGAAAAUACUAAGCAGACUGAGAAAAAAAUUAGAUUUGUUUCAGAAGAUGAGAAUUUAUUUGAGGACACUGUUGAAUCUGAGCCCACAAUUUCGGAUUUUGGACCUACUGCAGAACUUGUCAGUGACACAGAAGAUGCUUCCACCAUCAUUGACAGUAACACAGAACCCAGUCCACCUAAAAGCAAAUGUGCUUCCAAAUGUGUUAAUGCACCCCAGAGUGAAGACAUGAAAGAAGAGAUUUUAAAUGAUGUGACAUCCAGUCUUACAAAAACAAAACAAAGCAAUGCUAAGUCACCUGUGAAAAAACAAAAAAAAAAUACACAGUCUGUUGAGACAGACCAUUCAGAAGCAAUAUGUGGCCAAAUACAAGCAGAUCACAGUAAAAUACUUGGGAGGGAGGGGAAAUUAGAGCGUGUGGCUGUUUCUUUGACUGACUGCAUGAGUCCCAAAAAAUUUCUAGAAUCCCAAGGACAAGAAACACCAAAUGAAAGUAAAAAAAUUGCAGAAUGUGAAAGAGCAGAUGCUGAGGCAGAUGCACAGCAGUCUUUGUCAUGUGAUGAGAAAUUAAGGAACAGUAAUCAAACCAGUGCAGUGAGCAGCCCAUCAAAGGACAUGGCUGUUACACAGACAACUGAAAGCAUUGAUAAAAGCAGGAUGUGCGAAAUUGGUGCAGACAGUGGUGACAACCAAACAAAAGAAUAUGUAGUAUCCCACAGCAGUAAAAAACCAAGCAGUGAUAAUGACUCUGUUGCAUUGUUUCUGAGUGAAAGUGAUGACUCUGAAAAUAGUGAUGUGGCAGACAUAGAUACAGUUAAUAAGAAUCUGUGCUAUAAAAAGUCAGAUGAGAGAACUCCCUCCUUCAAAAAAUCUUUAAAAAGCGGUUCGCUGCAUGUUGAAGGUCUUUUUGUAAUUGAUACUGAGCCUGGCAUGAGUUCCAGCCAAAAGUAUUAUCUGGAUGAUGUAGACCAAGACAGUGGUGAUGAAAGUAAGCAUGAAGGAGAUGAAAAAGAUAAAGAAUUAGACUUGGAAGAGGAUGAAGAGGAAUUGAUAGAUGAAGAUGAAAAAGAUGAAGAUGAUGAUAUGUUGAAAAGUAAGGCUGACAUUUUGCAUCUUUCCAGUAGCAUAGACCCUGGUCUGAAUAUCAAGAAGCUUGGAGGUUUAUAUAUCAGUUUUGAUGCAAAAAAUCAGAAGUCUAGAUCGAGUGUGAUUAAACCACUGAAGGAGAAGAAGGACCAGCUCUUGCAGAAGAGUAUAAUAACUCCAGACUUUGAAAGAAAGGAAUGUGUCCCACCCUACAAGGAGUCACUUCACCAGCUAAAGAAGCAGCGCAGGGCAGAGCGAGAGAAAACAGCAGGUGAUGGCUGGUUUGGAAUGAAAGCACCAGAAAUCACAAGUGAACUGAAAAAUGAUCUUAAAGUUCUGAAAAUGAGAGCGUCUUUGGACCCUAAGCAUUUCUAUAAGAAGAAUGAUAGAGAUGGUCUCCCCAAAUACUUCCAGGUUGGAACUGUAGUUGAUUCUCCCAUAGACUUUUACCACAGUCGAAUCCCUAAGAAACAGAGGAAGAGAACAAUUGUGGAAGAGCUGCUUGCAGAUUCAGAGUUCAGAAGAUAUAAUAAAAAGAAGUAUCAGGAGAUCAUGAGUGAAAAAGCAGCUUUUGCAGCAGGGAAGAGGAAUCGGAAGAAGAAGAAAUUUCACAAUUAAGAAUUGAAGAAAAAUACCAAGCUGGAACAACUUACUUGUUAUAAAACUUUCUUACAAAAUGCUUUGGUUGUGGUGUUUCGUUUAUUUUUUUUUUAAGAUUGCAGGUCAUGUACAAAUUGAGGUUUAGGGAAAUUCUUGCCACGAGAAUUUGCAAGGAAGCUUUAGAAAAUUAUCAGGUAUCUCAAUUUAAAUUAAUUUAGAUUUUUCAAUUACUUUUUAUUUUAAUUAAUAUUUAUGUAAAGAGAAUGAUAUGAAAGCAUAUUGUUACAUUUGAGUGCAAAAUUCAGUUUCACAGGUUGGCGUCUUCUCAGGUUUCAGACUUCACAUCAAUUAAUUAGUAAAUUCAAUUUAAAGUUUUUUGUGUAAUUCAUCUUGUCACAUAUUGUGUGCCAGAAUAUAUUUUUCCCUGACUAGUCAGAGGUGCUGCUGGCCAAAACUAAUGGAAGGCAUUGAAAAAUCAUUUGGUUGUGAAGAAUUUAUUUCAACACUGAUCGUAAUAAUACAGAGAAUGUCCUGGAAUUCAGUGCUUACACAUAUACUUUCAUGUGUGCAUAUAUUAUAUAAUAUAUAUAUUAUUUCUAAGAUACAAAUGCAUUAUUUAAUAAAUAAUAUAAGUAAUACUUACAUGUAAAAUUUUAACAAUCAUGUUUUGCUUUUAUUAACUUCUACCAUUUGAUUAUUGUCUAAUGAUAUUUUGAAAAUGACAUUGGCAUCCCUUAAUCUAGGGUGUGGUGUGCAGAUUGUGUCUGUUAGCUGACCUGGAACGAGGUGAACAAAUGGAGUGAGUCUGGAAGGUCCCUGCUGCCACUGUAGAGCCAGAGAUGUCAUCAGCUCAGUUCCCCCUCAGUGACAGGUCAGGACCAUUUGUGGUUGUCAGAACUGCUGUGGUGUUUGGUUGGUUUUUAAUGACCUGGUCAUUGUAUUGCUGUUACAAUUAGUGUAAUUUAGUUACUGGCCUGAGGUAGCAGAAAAGAUGGAUAAUAGAAGAAAUUUAACUGGCACUACAUUGUCUUAGGUGGCUCGGGUGAUUAGGAUGUAGAAGUCACUAUCAGAGGAGCAGUGGUUGAUUGUUUCCUUACCACAAGAGCUCUAAAUUUUAAGGGUUGCAAAUCAUAAGCAAGAAUUGUUUAAAAUUAUGUUCUUGACUAAUGUUUAACCAUCAAGUUUUCUACUGAGAAGUAGAUUUUUUAAGGAUUAGUUAGUUGUGCUGAAAUGAGCAUUGUGGUAGAUACUGACCACCAACUGGAGCUUGAAAUAAAUUUUCCUCAAAUCCUUUGGGAUUUUUUUUUUUAAUCAUUCCGAAGUUGGCCAUAAUGUUUUACUACCAAAAACAGACAGGAAUCUAGAGUCCUUCAAAAGUCUUCACUGCCAGGAGAUGAAUGGUGUCAAAGUUAAUUCAUUGGGAAAUAUUUAACAAGUACAAGUAGAACCACCUAUCCCCAGGUCUCAGUUAAUAUGCAAAGGCUAUUUUAAUGCAAUGAUAUUUGUGCUAGUAUCUCAAUUUCCAGUAAAUUAUAAAAAAGCCAAUAAAAACAACUAUGGUGUCAUGUUCACAGGCUGAGACAUGGAAGCACAAAAAAGUUAAUACUGAACAUGGAGAAGAAAACCAGGCACCACAGUAGUUUUCAUCCUGUUGCAUCCUGAGGUGUUCAGGUGCAGCUCUGGAGAAGCAGUAUGCAAGCCUGAAAGCCUUCAAAAGAGAAAUGCAGGCUGUGGUGUUACACAUCAAACAGCAGCUCCGUGCCUGUUGCUCAGGCUGCUCAAUAGCUACAGAAGUUACUUCGUGUGCAGCAUAGCUAGAAAGGGAUUUGGUUUGUGUUCUAUAUCCUUUCCCUUCCUUUUAUUCUUCUAAUCCCUUCAGUUUUGUCCCACACUGGCCAGCGAGUGUUCUGUGCAGACGGGCCAAGGUGUGCUGGCCGUUCCCAGGGCUGCAGGUGGCACUUGCAGGUUGUGCUGGCCGGCUGUGCCAGUCGCCCUUGCCUGAGCCUGUGCCUCAGCCUCUGGGAGACAGGCACUGGACAGAGCACCUUUCCUUCGCCACCAGUUUACACUAAAGCACUGACAGACGGGCUUUGAAAUCGACGUAAAGUUUAAGGUGCUGGAGAGAUUAAAACCCAAAUGCACCAUGCAAAUGCCUGUGGUUAUUAGAUUUCUCUGAAAACACAUAAAAACUUCUGUGAAGCUUUGCCUGUCAAUUACAAGUAGCAUUUCCUUUUUAUGGCAGAAAUAUUUGUGCUAAUUUGUAAUUCUGCCUUUACUGACUGUGAUGGUAAAUGUGCCUGAUGGUGUGUUUCAUCUUCAGAUUUUCCUUUAUUGCUUUUAAAUAAGCGUUAUUACAGUUGGAAAUUACACCUACAGAAUUAAAAAUAAUUUAUCAAGAAAACUCCACAAAAUAAUAUUUCAGGAGUAAUGAAUUAAUUUAUCCUAUUCUGAGCAAAAUCAAGGUGGUUUGUUUACUGCUGCUGUUGUUCUGUUUUACCACCUAAUUUGAUUGCUGUAAUUAAAACGGUUCUUCAUCUUCAA